UUUUCCUUCCGUCUUUAUAAUCCAGGUGCUCUGACAGUAUGUAUUACACGCCAUUACGGUAAAAGUGCUCCAUUCGCUCCUUCUCGCUCCCCAGGCUGCUCACACAGAGACGCACAAUGCUACCAUUCGCAAUAUAACUCGGAACAUUAACCUUCGUCCAUAAAAACCGGCGAGCCAUGCGACCACCAACUCCCCGAGGGAGCUCUCUGCAUCUUCCCGCCUCGCCUGGACCGUCCCCGGGAAGCUAAGAAGCGAGUUUCCCCGAUUUUUCUCCAAGCUUGCGAGCCUCCUUCCAGGGUGUCUGCGUUUUUUUUUUGUCACCUGCAAGGGGGGUGUGACGUCUCCCCCAACCGGGAAGCUUGUUUUACGGUUCUAUCCACACCGAGAGACAGCGAAACGCCGGCCGAGCGAGAGCGUCGUCCCUCGGGUCUCACGCGGAGGAGGAGGGGGUGGCCUCCUGGUGGUGGUGAAUCUGUAAACAUCAAACGGCGUGAAGAUGACGAUGUCCGUCCCGGAGAGGAAAUCGGGAUCUGAGGGAAAGGAGGAAGAGAGCGAGGAUGAAAGCGAGAUCCUGGAGGAAAGCCCUUGCGGACGAUGGCAGAAGCGAAAAGAACAGGUGAGCCAAGGGAAUGUCCCAGGUGUGGAAAGCGCCUCACUAGCCAUGGACACGGAGGAAGGGGUCGAGGUGGUGUGGAAUGAAGUGCUUUUCUCCGAUAAAAAAGUCUUCAAAGCGCAGGAGGAGAAAAUCAAAGAAAUGUUUGAGAACCUAAUGCAGGUGGAGCACCCAAACAUUGUCAAGUUCCAUAAAUAUUGGCUGGAUAUGAAGGAAAGCCAAGCUCGGGUCAUCUUCAUCACCGAGUACAUGUCGUCGGGCAGCCUCAAGCAGUUUUUGAAGAAAACCAAGAAGAACCACAAGACCAUGAAUGUCAAGGCCUGGAAAAGAUGGUGCACGCAGAUCCUCUCCGCCCUCAGUUAUCUGCACUCGUGCGAUCCACCAAUCAUCCACGGCAAUCUGACAUGCGACACCAUCUUCAUCCAGCACAACGGACUCAUUAAGAUCGGCUCAGUGUGGCAUCGACUUUUUGUUAACGUAUUCCCGGAUGCUAACGUCCAUGGCAAAGGGAGGCAACAUCGUGACGAGCAGCGGAACCUUCAUUUUUUUGCGCCAGAAUAUGGAACCGGCGAAGAUGACUACGCCAUUGACAUUUUCUCCUUUGGCAUCUGCGCUCUGGAGAUGGCAGUGUUGGAGAUCCAAGCUAACGGUGACGCCGCUGUUUCCAAGGAGGCCAUCGUCAAUGCAGGGCAAUCGCUCGAAGACCCUCUCAUGAGAGAGUUCACGCAGUCGUGUUUGCGCCCUGACGCCAAACUCCGUCCGACUGCUCACGACCUUCUCUUCCACCGCGUCCUGUUUGAGGUUCACUCCCUCAAACUGCUAGCUGCCCACUGCCUCAUUAACAACCAGUACUUGCUUCCUGAGAACUGCGUAGAAGAGAGGACCAAGUCCUAUGACCCCAAUGCCAUCAUGGCAGAGAUUAAGCAUGAAGAUAGGCUGGGAGUUCAACUAAAGUACUCCCAUGUGUCCCCUUUGGAGCUGGACAAGUUCCUGGAGGACGUCAAAAAUGGGAUUUACCCCUUGAUGAACUUCGCCUCGACCCGGCCGCAUCCCGUCCCUCGAGCACUUUCCUUGUCUCAGGAGCAAGUGGAGACGGUCAAAACGCCUACGCCGGAACCACAGGAGACUGAGAGCAGAAAAGUCAUUCAAAUGCACUGCAGCUUGGAGUCCAAUGAGGAAGGGACCAAAACUCAUCUGUCGUUAUUUCUCAAAAUGGAUGACAAACUCCACCGGCAACUUAGCUGCGACAUCCUUCCAACCGAUACGUCCAAAGACCUUGCCGGCGAACUUGUUCACUACGCCUUCAUUAAUGAGGAGGACAUUGAGAAGGUGGCAGUGUUUCUUGAAGAUGCCAUCAAGCGACACCGGGUACGAGUUCUGCCCUCCGGAAGCAUGCAGUGAAAGAACAAGGGAGUCACGACAGAUGGAAGUUGGCGACCGCUGCCUUUUAUGGCGACCCAGACCCGGAAAUGGAGGGAGCAGGUACCGGUUUGGAGCAAAAGGAACACUGAUGGAUGUUGAAAAAUCAACAAGAAGUCACGGCAACCGGCAAAAGGGAAGUGAAGGACCACACGCAUUAUGGUUGUGUCUGGAUCGGAUCCGUCCAAAAUGGCUUGUAUGCCUUAACACACAUCGAUUCCGAUCGAAUGCCGCUGUUUCCGACAUUCAUUUUAUUUGCAGCCAUUUUGUCAAACGAAUGUUUUACUACGCGUCAUUUUUGCACUCCAGCGUCCACCCUGACAGGCCGAUAUUGUUUUAUUUUUAUUUUUUAAUAACUCUGUCUAUCAUGCGCUGUUAACACAUUCACUGUGGGUUUAUUUAUUAUUGGGAAGCGUCGCACAAGGUUGUGGUGUUUAUUAGCGAGCUGUCAUAUUUCUGUCGACUCUCUUUUUAGCCUGCAGUGCUCUUAAGGGCUUUUUCCCCUCUGAAAGUGUUCUGAGUGCCAAAGACAUGCUGCAAAGUGCCUGAUAGGGCAUCAAAAAACAAAAUUCAGGCUAAUUGACUUAUUGGGAAUGGAUGGUACGUUUGUCAGUGCAUUGCAAUGAAUGGUAGAAAAAUUCAUUUACUUGGAUGUAAAUAUUCUUUUAUAUGUCACAAUUGUAACUUAAAAUCAUGCACAGAAGGAAACUUAUUCAUAUUAAUAAUUUUUUUUUCCCCCAAAGGUAUUCUUUUGCUUUGUUUUUCUGUGUUGCUGUAUUUAUCUUGUCUUAAUUAUGUCAAAAAAUUAUGAUUUGUCCAAUUUUGGGGGAUGACAUUACUCGGCAACUUGCUAACUCUGAAUGAAUUUAUUCUUUUUUCAACAUAUAUAUUGUCUUUUUAAGGUUCUUAACAUGCCUGAAAAUUGAGCAUUUUUGGUACAGUCUAGCAUUAAAGUGUAAAUUUAUGUACUUGAGAGUCCUGAAUACAAAACCUUAAAAUUCAAUCUGUAGCGCUCUAACAGGAAAUUGACCACUUUGGUUCAAAACAGACAUUCUGGCUAAAUUCAAAGAUUGCUACAACUCUAAAGAAUGUUCUGGAAUGAGUCCACUUCGUGAGAUUUUCUAGACAAAUGUGCCUCGAUAAAUUGCUUUUUUGCAUAAGUUGACAAGUAUAAGUUUGUAGGUGUCAACAUUUGAAUGAUACUUAUGAGGAUUUGCUGUGGAAAAAGGGGAUGCAGGGACCCGUUUCUAUUGAAAUUCCUGUGGGAUGUCGACUCUAAAACAUGCAAUAAAUUAAAUCAUUUGCUUUCAGAAAAAAUGUUUUGGUUCGAUUUGUCCAAAUUCGAACUUGACGUAAAAUGUAUGUAAAUUGUCUAGGUACUCUUGUUUGUCUUUGUUCUGUAAAUUCCCAUUUUAAUAAUACAAUGCUGUACAGUGAUUGCUUCAAGUUUUAGCUUGAGUAUCUGUGCAGAUGGGAGUUCAAAAUCUUCCUGGAUGUCCACCAUCCAUAUAGGCUGUGCAGUAAAUUUUGAUGUGGCUUAUUAGGCAGGAGUUUAUUGCUACUAUGGAUCCUGAUCCAAUGCGUGCCACUCUUCCUCUUCUACCAUCUUGUAAGCUGCAUGUCUUAAAAAGCCUGCAAGCAUUUAAAACAUUGCGUUUUGCCUUUGUCAGUUCAGUUCCAUAAGGGGACACUGGUUGUGAAUGUUUUCAUACAUGGCACAAUAAUUUCAAAUAUAUAUUAUCAUAUUGGUCUUAACUGUCAAGGCUGUUGAAUGAAACUUGCCUUUGGUUGUGCUCUACUUAAGCAUUUGUAAAAUAUUGUAGCAAGGAAUUAAAUGAAUAAACAUGUAAAAUGCUAAUCGUGU